AUGGCUGGUAUCGCAGCAGGGCGUUUGGCUGAGGAGAGGAAAGCAUGGCGCAAGGAUCAUCCGUUCGGAUUCAUAGCCAAGCCAGUGAAAAACCCAGACGGUACUCUGAAUUUGUUCAACUGGGAAUGUGCUAUACCUGGCAAGAAGGACACUAUUUGGGAAGGAGGAUUGUACAAGAUUCGCAUGUUAUUCAAGGACGAUUUUCCUUCAACACCUCCGAAAUGCAAAUUCGAGCCCCCAUUAUUCCACCCAAAUGUUUAUCCUUCAGGCACGGUUUGUCUAUCGCUCUUAGAUGAAAACAAGGACUGGAAGCCGUCGAUUACAAUCAAACAGCUUCUUAUUGGGAUACAGGAUCUCUUGAACAACCCGAACCCCGACGAUCCCGCACAAGCAGAGGCUUAUCAAAUUUUCUGCCAAAACAGGGCAGAGUAUGAGAAGCGUGUACGUCGGGAAGCAACUAAGUUUAACGCUGAUGUUGUUCAAAAACAAAUGCUGGGGUAG